AUGACCAAUAGUAGCUUGGAAAACGAUGUCGACAAAUUGAAAUUGUCAGAAACUGAACAAGUUAUCACACCUUGGGAAGUUGAAGGAGCAGUCGUCGAUGGGCAAGCUCAAGGAAUUGACUACGAUAAAUUGAUAAAACAGUUUGGAACAAAAAAAAUCACCGAUGAAACUUUGAAUAGAUUUGAAUUAGUCACAGGCCAAAAAGUUCAUCCUUUCUUGAAAAGAGGAAUGUUCUUUUCAGAAAGAGAUCUAGGUAAAAUUUUAGAUUUGUACGAACAUGGUGAGCCCUUCUUCUUGUAUACGGGUAGAGGGCCCUCUUCAGACUCAAUGCAUUUAGGUCAUAUGAUUCCGUUUACAUUUACUAAAUGGUUACAGGAUGUAUUCGACGCUCCGCUUAUCAUUGAAAUUACAGAUGACGAGAAGUUUUUAUUUAAACCUAAAUUGACUAUAGAGGAUGUCAAGAGAUUUGCUAAGGAAAACACAAAAGACAUUAUAGCAGUAGGUUUUAAUCCAGAGAAUACUUUCAUAUUCUCAGAUCUUGAGUAUAUGGGUGGUGCCUUCUUCGAGAAUGUUGUUAGGACGUCUAGACAAAUAACUACUUCUACAGCCAAAGCUGUAUUUGGCUUUCAAGACCUGGACUGCAUUGGUAAGCUCCAUUUUGCGAGUAUUCAAAUUGCAACUGCAUUUCCGUCAUCAUUUCCGGAUGUUUUAGGAUUACCCCCGAAGACACCUUGCUUGAUUCCUUGUGCAAUUGACCAGGAUCCUUAUUUCAGGGUUUGCAGAGAUGUUGCCGAUAAACUUAAAUUUUCAAAGCCAUCUUUAAUUCACGCUAAAUUUUUCCCUGCCUUGCAAGGGGCAACGACAAAGAUGUCUGCAUCGGAUACUACCACAACGAUAUCAAUGUUAGAUACACCAAAACAGAUUCAGAAAAAAGUAAAUAAGUAUGCCUUUUCUGGAGGUAGAACCUCAGUUGAAGAGCACAGAAAAUAUGGAGGUGACCCUGAUGUUGAUGUUGCUUUUCAAUAUUUGUCAUUUUUUAGCGAUGAUGAUGAAAAGUUGGAAAGUUUAGCUGAAGGUUAUAGAAAGGGAGAAGUUUUGUCUGGUGAAAUGAAAAAAGAAUGUAUUGAAGAACUUCAAAAGUAUGUUACUGCGUAUCAGGAAAGGAGACAGAAAGUGGACGACAGUGUUGCUCAGGCUUUCAUGACUCCCCAUAAGUUAAUUUACGGUAAAAAAGAGCGUUUGGUACCUGCAAAACAAAGAGAGACACCUAAGAAGAAGUGA